AUGGUUGACCACGGUCGCAAUCAAGGCGACAUAUACGAUACAGCGAUUACCGAGUCCGUACUGUAUCAUCCCUACACAUGCAGCUCACUUGGCGAUGCAGUCGAGUGUGUAACAGGAAGAUACGCUGUGCCCCGUAUUGUACAUUCUGCCGCUAUUGCAACGGAUGAAGGGCAGUAUAACAUCAUGGACUUAUUGGACAAGUUUAUACGAAGUAUCCAGCAGGUCUGCAAUAUCGCGAACAUUAUGCUUGUGGCUUGCCUUUUUACUCAAGUUAGGAACAAGUCUACUUUACAAACCCAAAAGACCAUUGACUACUAA